AGAGCUGGCCAGGAUGUACAAGAACGAAGGGAACGAGUACUUCAAGGAGAAGGACUACGGGAGAGCGGUGGCCGCUUACUCGGAGGGGCUGCGGCGGCGCAGCGGGGACGCCGAGCUGGACGCGGUGCUGCUCACCAACCGGGCGGCUGCACAUUUCCACUUGGGGAACUACCGUUCUGCUCUGAAUGAUGCCAUCCAAGCCAAAAAGCUGAAGCCCACCCAUCUCAAAGCCAUCAUUAGAGGAGCUCUCUGUCACAUGGAGCUAAGGAAUUUCGUGGAAGCAAUAGCGUGGUGUGAGGAAGGCUUGCAAAUAGACUCAAAAGAUAAAAAGCUUGUGGAAAUGAGAGCUAAAGCUGACAAAUUAAAGCGAACCCAGGAGCGGGAUGCCAGGAAAGCAAAGGUGAUGGAGAGCAAGGAGCAGUGUCAGAAGGAAAUUUUGCUUGCAGCAAUAAAGGAAAGAAAUAUCAAGCUGGUUCUUGAGCCUUCAGAUGAAGAGGAGGAAGUGUCAGAUGGCCUGGCUGAGAUAUCCUUGGAUGGGUUCCACUCUGGCAGUGCCACGGGGGCCAAGGUGCACUUGGAUGCUGAUGGCAGCCUGAGCUGGCCUGUCCUCUUCCUGUACCCUGAGCACGAGCAGACAGAUUUCACUGUGGCUUUCCACGAGAACUCCAGGUUUAUUGAUCAUUUAAUGGUGAUGUUUGCUGAGUUACCUCCCUGGGAUUUAGAAAAAAAGUACCUUCCCAACAAUCUUGAGCUCUAUUUUGAAGAUGAAGAAAGAGAAGAAAUGUAUGAGGUGAACCCAGAACACACAUUGCUACAAGUGCUGCAGCACGAAAGGUAUUUUGUAAAGGCCGGGACCCCGACAGUUUUGGUGUUUGCCAAGCGUUCUCCUUUCUCUAAGAAAUACUUCUCUGGCAAGAAAGUGCAUCGACUGUAAUGAGCAAGAAAGAAACAAGGAAUCCUGUGCAAGAGGCUGCUGUUUGUUAGCCCAGCUCCAGGCUGCAGACUUCUGCUUGAACAAAAAUACCUUGCACUCUUCAGGGGAGGAAAACAAUCUUGGCACACAGAGAAGCUUCCAGGGGAGCAGCACAGGAGAAGGAAGGGCUAACAUGAGGGGAUUAUUUGUUUAAAAGGGAACCCAGCUGGCUUGCAGAAGGUCUCCUCUAUGAUAGGCUGCAUGUGGUUUUGAAAUAAGCCUGAAGCAGUGCCAAACACUGGCUGUGGCUGCAGUAACAGCAGCUGGGAAUCUACUUCCCUACCUGAGAAAAUCACAGAUCUGCUCGGAGGUGGGCUGUGGCUGCUGGGGUCAGCAGCAGUGGCCUGGGGAGAUAGCUGCCUGCUGCAGCAGGGUCAGUGCAGUCAGGUGCCUGCCUGGGACAGCAGCUGCUGUUUUGUCCCUGCUUGGCUGUGCUGCUGGCCAGGCUACAGCAGAGCUCUUUGUUUGGAGCAGUGUUUGACUGACCCUUUUGAUACCUUACUGAACAUCCUACAGAACCUGCAAUAAACAUGGCUAUUUUAAGUAGA